AGGGUAUACAUCGAGUGUGUGCGGAGUGUGUUUUGUCAAUGUUGCAAACAGCUGAGAAGACGAGAAAAGAGUCGUUCAGAUGAGAGGUAAGGAGGAUGGACUUUACUGAGUGUUACAGCGACACGGUGUCCAGUCUUGCCGUGGCAGCACGCGAGAGAAAUGUCAGGCGUGUGAGCUUACUGAUCCAGAGAGGCUGCAGUGUGGACAGCAGGGAUAACCGUGGCUGGAACGCCCUCCACGAGGCUGCAGCCGCCGGAACCAUCGUAUGUGUGCGCCAGCUACUUAAGGCUGCCGCAGGAGCCUCCAGUGGUUGCAGUGCCUACGUGGGCUCUCUGACACAUGAGGGUGAGUCGGCGUUGUACCUGGCCGUGCAACGCAGACACCUGGCCGUGGUCAAGCUCCUCCUCAGAGCACACGCUGACAUCAACCAGCCAACCAAUGACCUGUCCUGCCCUCUCUACGCAGCAGUAGACUGUGGGUACACAGAUAUCGUGGAGUUGCUGGUGCGGAAAGGGGCAGAGGUUAACGGAACACACACGGCCUCCUGCUGGACCUGCCUUCAUCAGGCUGCCUAUAAAGGUCACAGUGACAUUGUGCGUAUCCUGGUGGGUGUGUGUCGCCUGGAGGUGUUUGACGAUCACAUGAUCACUCCCCUGUUUGUGGCUGCACAGUACGGACAAAAGCAGUGUCUCCAGAUCCUCGCUGACGCAGGUGCCAAUGUGAACGCCCAGGCGUCAGACUUGGCAACACCGCUGCUGAUUGCAUCACAGGAGGGCCACGAGGGCUGUGUGGAGAUUCUUCUGGACCACAAUGCCAACCCAAAUCUGUCUUGUUCCAACAACUGGCCACAGCUCCCCAUCCACGCAGCUGCCGAGUUCGGCCACAACACUGUCCUGGCCAGGCUGAUUGCUGUGACACACCGGGUGUGUGACCGUGGAGAGGGUGAGUUGAGUCCGCUGUACUCUGCUGUGAAGAACAAUCACAGCCACUGUGUAGAUCUGCUGCUGAGGGCCGGCUUCAGCCCAGACGCCCAGGACUGUAGCUCCCUCUUCAGCUCAGACACCACAUCGCCGCUCACCUUCACCCUGGCCUUAAAAUGCACAUCCUCCCAGCCCUUUAGCGAUUCGGCGCGCUUGCUGGUAGCCGCAGGGGCCACUUUGACCGGGCGGGAAUGGCUCUACAUUCUGGCCAUGUGCAAAUCCGAUGUGCUGCAGUAUGUCUUACAACAAAGGAGCAUCCCCAGACCAGAUCAGCGAAGCAGGACCAUCUCGCUGUGCUCUAGGCCAGAGCAGCAGAGCAACAGCCCACUCAGUCCAGAAGAGUUGCGUGGGCUGGUGUGUGAGGCGCUCAACAUGGUACGCCAUGCCUCCUACUGGUUGCCCACGCUACUUCAGGCAGGCCUGGAGCCCUCCCUACUGUUGCAGAAACCUUACACCCUGAGGAAGGCAGACAGUGAGGUUUUGAAUUACUUCCUCCAGUUUGUCAAUUGGUCGACUCUCUCUCAGCCACUAAAGGAGAUACUGCUACCCCGAAAGGAGAGCACCUGGAGGCCACAUCUCGAGUGUGUGCCAUCUCUCUCUCACCUCUGCAGGCUGCGGGUCAGGGAAGAGUUAGGUUCAGUGGUUCUGAUGCAGACAGAUGUGGUCCGACAGCUUCCUCUUCCCCCUCCACUGCAGAUAUACCUCCAGUUCAGAGACAUCCCACCACCCUCACAUGCAACAACAGUCCCACAGGGAGGGUUUCCACAACGACUAUAACGAUGACGUACAGGGCUUCAUAUAACCUGCCACUGAAGAGAUGUCCUCAAUUAAAAAAAUAUUCACACACACCCAGUUCCCUAUGCACACACCCAGUUCCCUAUGCACACACCCAGUUCCCUAUGCACACACCCAGUUCCCUAUGCACACACCCAGUUCCCUAUGCACACACCCAGUUCCCUAUGCACACACCCAGUUCCCUAUGCACACACCCAGUUCCCUAUGCACACACCCAGUUCCCUA